AUGAUUCCAUCUAGAAAACUGCGAGUCUUCUUGAUCCUCUUUCUAUCAUCUUCUUUGUCGAAUGGAAUGUCUAAAGUAGACAGUACUGUUGAUCCUUUUGCCAUGGGAAUCAAACCUCGCAAAUUCAGUUUAGGUGGUAUUGUAGAUUGCACAACUCGUGCCGGGAAAGAAGAGAGAGUGGCCAUGGAGAUGGCACUCCAUGACUUUUACAGCAACGCUACCCAGCGGCCCCGACUGUGUGUCAAAGACUCGAAAGGGGAUUCCUUCCGAGCAGCCUCCUCUGCUAAAACCCUUAUCAAAAAGCACAAUGUAGAAGCUAUUAUAGGCUUGGGAACUUCUCAAGAGGCUAUCCUUGUUGCUGAGCUUGGCAACAGAUAUGAAGUCCCUAUCAUUUCGAUGGUAAAUGAAGUUCCAGUUUGGGCCUCUUUACGUUGGCCUUUUCUGAUUAAUGCAGCUCGCAACCAGCUCUCACAGAUGAAAGCUAUAGCAGCUAUAGUUCAGAGUUGGCAAUGGCGGAGAGUAAAUGUCAUUUAUGAAGAAAACAAAGUUAAUAGCAUCAUACCACAUCUCUUCGCUGCUCUUCAAGAUGCAGAUGCAGAAAUCAGUGAACUACUGCCUUUCCCCCCCUCACCUCCAUACCGUUUUUUAUCUGAAAAACUGGUGUCUCUUAGAAACGGGCAGUGCCGGGUGUUCAUCGUUCACACUAGUGCAACACUGGCGAGAAGCAUUUUCAGGGAAGCGAAGAAAUUGGAAAUGAUGGAAGAAGAAUAUGUAUGGAUCACCACAGACUCCACAUCAGACUAUUUUGAUACAUUUAAUAAUUCGGUCAUUUCAUCAAUGCAAGGUGCCUUGGGUGUUAAGAGCUACAUUUCCAGUUCCAGUAAAAGAAUCAAAGAUUUUCGCUCAAGAUUUCAGGUGAUGUUCAGCUCUCAAUUUCCUGAAGAGCCAUUUCCAGAGCCAGGGAUUUCUGCCUUACAGGCCUAUGAUGCAACGUGGGCUGUUGCUCUUGCAAUGGAAGGAAGACCUAGUUCGAAAAGUUUCGGAAAUUCUACAAGUAUCACUCCUAUAGCUUCAAUGGGUGGAACAAGUUUGUUGAACAGAAUCUUAGCUUCUAAAUUUGAGGGCUUAACUGGUCAUAUAUGUUUUAUAAAUGGCAUGUUGCAUCCUGCGGCACGAAUCUUUACUCUAGUCAAUGUUGUAGGGAUAAGUACUGAACUCGGGUAUUGGACUGAGGGCUAUGGUUUCUCAAAGACUGUUGGUGCAAACAUCCAUUACAACAAGUCAAUAACAGUUUUAAGGCAGAUCAUUUGGCCUGGAGGGCCUUGGUCAGCUCCUCGCGGAUGGGCAUCAGCAGCAGGAGGCAAGAGACUAAAAAUAGUAGUUCCAUCAGGAAAUAAUCACAAGGAAUUCAUAAAUGUAUCAUAUGAUGGUCCUGGGGGUAGUAUAAGAGUUACAGGAUUUGUAAUUGAUGUCUUCAACGCCACUCUCUCUCGGUUGCCCUAUGCUUUGCCAUGUGAUUUCACCGGGUAUGAUGGCUCCUAUGAUGCCAUGGUAUACCAAGUUUAUAAUCAGUCUUUUGAUGCAGCAAUAGGAGACACGGCCAUUUUGGCCAACCGUAGUAAAUAUGCAGAGUUCUCUCAACCUUUCACUGAGCCAGGUGUGCAGAUGGUGGUGUAUCAGGAAAGUAAGAAAAUAAAUAAAGUUCGGUUGUUCUUGAAGCCAUUUACAGGAAAAUUGUGGAUCAGCAUUGCAGCCAUUACUGUGUAUAAUGGAUUUGUUGUAUGGUUGAUUGAACGGCAGAAAGAUAAUCCAGAUUUCAGUGGCUCUUGGUGGAAACAAAUUUCAACCAUGCUUUCAACAUCUUUCAUUACACUUUUUUCACUCAAAGGUGAAGGAUUGCACAGCAAUUUGUCUCGGAUGGUGAUGGUUGCCUGGCUUUUUGUGGCCUUGAUUACUACUCAAAGUUUUACAGCUAAUUUAUCAUCCUUGAUUACCCUUCAACAACUGAAUGAGAGUCCCGUCACCAUAGAUACAUUAAAGAAGAGCAGUGCAAAAGUUGGGUGCGAUGCAGACUCCUUUGUAGUGGCAUAUUUGAGAAAUGUCUUGUACAUCCAAGAUGAAAAUAUCGUCCGAAUUCGAAACGAGGAAGAGUAUGCUGCAGCUCUUAUAAAUGGAAGUAUAGCCGCAGCAUUUCUAGAAAUUCCAUACAUCAAGGCCUUCUUGGCUAAAAAUUGCAAUGGCUUCACAACUUCAGGACCAAUAUACAAAGUUGGAGGUUUUGGAUUUGUUUUCCCAAAGAAUUCUCCAUAUAUUCCUGACAUCUCCCAAGCUGUUGUUAACAUAUCAGAGACACUUAUUGACUUGCUUCUUCAAAUUUCUUUGAACAACUCCGAGUGCUCAGCUUCAAAUUCUGACGACCAUGCAAGUAUCGGACUCACUCCCUUCAUUGGACCAUUUCUGGUUACUAUAGUAACAUCCUCAAUUGCUCUUCUUCUUCUUUACCUUCCUUCUAUUUGCCAAAUCUGGAGAGAGCACUGGCCCUUUAAUAAUGAUGAACAAGAGCCUCAACAGGAACUAGAACUACAACGGUCAUGGCGGCAUGAUCGCAGGUUUGACGAACAAAUUCUAUUUGCAUCUGAAAUGGAAAAUCGGGGUGCCUGGCAAUAA